AUGAGAUUGACGAGAGGCCAUUUUCGAGCUAUCAUUGACUGUACUGAACGAGCUAUAUCCACUUCUUCCGAUACCUUAUUAAAAACCCCUAAUCUUGAAAAAACUUUCUUCAAAUCCCAAAACAGUGAAGAUAAUCUCGUAAAAAGACUAUGCCGAGAAAACAAACAUGAAGAAGCUAUAAUUAAUCUAUGCGAACGAUACCGUUUAACAGAAGCCAUUCAAGUACUUGAUCAUAUGCAACGUCCUUCUCCAUUAGUGUAUUCUAAUCUUCUUAAGCUUUGUCUUCAACAGAAAGCCGUCGCAGCCACCAAAAGAGUCCACACCCACAUAAAAAGAUCCGGUUUUUUCCCAGGGGUAUCGAGUUUAAAUCGAAUUAUAGACUGCUACUGUAAAUGUGGGAGUCUUGUGGAUGCACGUAUUGUGUUCGACGAAAUGCAAGAGAAGGAUGUGUGUUCUUGGAAUACUAUGGUAUCAGGGUAUGCAAAAGCUGGACGGCUAAAAGAUGCUCGUAACCUGUUCGAUGAAAUGCCUGAAAGAGACAAUUUUUCUUGGACUGCAAUAAUUUCAGGAUACGUCCGCCAUGAUCGUCCCAAUGAUGCAUUACAGUUGUGUAGAACAAUGCUGCAAGACUAUAAUGUUAAGCUCAACAAGUUCACAGUUUGUAGUGCGCUUGCAGCUUCUUCAGCAACUCAAAGCUUAAUCAUUGGAAAGGAAAUCCAUGGACAUAUUAUGCGUACAGGUAUAGAUUCUGAUGCAGCUGUUUGGAGUGCUUUAUCAGAUAUGUAUGGGAACUGUGGGAGUUUGGAUGAAGCUAGACAGAUAUUUGACAAAACUUCAGAUAAAGACGUUGUUACAUGGACAUCAAUGAUUGAUCGGUAUUUCAAACAUGGGAAAAGGGAACAAGGGUUCCUCUUGUUUUCAAAUUUGUUAAAAUCUGGAAACAAACCUAACGAAUUCACAUUUGCAGGGAUAUUAAACGCUUGUGCACAUCAUAACACAGAAAGUUUAGGCAAACAAAUACAUGGGUAUAUGACACGCAUUGGUUUUAACCAAUCUUCUUUUGCAGCAAGUGCCCUUGUUCAUAUGUACUGCAAAUGUGGGAACAUGGAGGUUGCAGAUAAGGUCUUUAAGUGGAUACCAAAACCAGAUUUAGCUUCAUGGACUUCUUUGAUCAACGGGUAUGCCCAAAAUGGGAAACCUGAAGAAGCUUUGAAGCUAUUCGAUUCAUUACAUGAUACUGGAACUAAACCUGAUCACAUCACAUUUGUUGGGGUUCUUUCAGCUUGUACGCAUUCAGGUUUGGUUGAUAAAGGGGUUGAAUACUUUAAUUCCAUAAAACAAAAACAUGGGUUGGAUUAUACCAUUGAUCAUUAUGCUUGUGUUGUUGAUUUGCUUAGUCGAUCUGGGAGGUUUAUAGAAGCUGAAGAGAUAAUCAAGAAAAUGCCCAUGAAACCGGAUAAGUUUUUAUGGGGUUCUGUUCUUGCUGGAUGUAGGAUUCAUGGGAAUCUUGAUUUGGCUAAACAAGCAGCAAAAGUAUUGUUCAAAAUAGAGCCUGAGAAUGCAGCUACCUAUGUCACACUCUCCAACAUUUAUGCUGCUGCUGGAAAAUGGGGUGAAGUUGCAGAAAUUAGAAAGAUGAUGGAUGUAAAUCGGGUGGUGAAGAAACCUGGAAGAAGUUGGACUGAAAUUAAGAGAAAGGUGUAUACUUUUUUGAUGGGAGAUACAUCAAAUCCAAGAUUGAAGGAGAUUCAUGAGUUGUUAGGGGAGUUGCAGAAGAAGAUGAGGGAAGAAGGAUAUGUUCCUAAGAUAGAUCAUGUGCUUCAUGAUGUAGAAGAGGAACAAAAGGAGGAAAAUUUAUCGUAUCAUAGUGAGAAAUUGGCUAUUGCAUUUGCGAUUCUUGUUACUCCACCAGGAACGAUGAUAAAAGUGUUUAAAAAUUUGAGGACUUGUGUUGAUUGUCAUACUGCUAUUAAGUACAUCUCUAAAAUUGAAAGUAGGAAAAUUGUUGUUAGGGAUUCGAGUAGAUUUCAUUGUUUUGAGGGUGGGAGUUGUUCAUGUAAAGACUAUUGGUGA